GGUGGUGCGGCACGCCUGUGUCAGUGCAGACCGUACCGCGCGCCCGGCCGCCCGCACUCCACAAACAUUUACCCACCCGCUCAUAUAAACCUGACAUCGCAACUGCAUUUAGCAAGAUCCUUUGUUAGCCAACGGUGAAAGGUUCAGAACUAUAAAACAAAAAAAUAGAAUAGUUUCAGAUCAUUUAUAGAACGAUAUGCGGCCAGCGGUCAUUCUGCUGUUGCUGGCGAUCGCUGCAGCCGAGGUGGCAGAGGAGCCAUGGGUGGAAGAAGAAGACGUGGAUGACUCUUAUGAUGACUACGAGCAAUCCAGGAGUAAACGUGAUGUUCACGAUGCAGGACCGUUCGAGGAGCAUAUCCGUGUCAAGAGGUGUUGUGAGCCGAGAGAACGGCGCUCAGCGGAUUAUGUGCGAGUGCCCCGUCAAGUGCAUCAGUAUGAAGUCCACGAGUUCACUGACGAUGGCGAGAUGGCAUCGCCGCCCUACGAGGAGAUGCUCGCAGCCAGCGCCAACCACUACCACAAGGUGUACGUCCCGAGCCCUCGGUACUUGAAACCUGAUGUGAAUAGUGCUAACAUUGCUGAAGCGGCAAAGGCUGCUGCUCCUGCGGAACCUUUGGGUGGACCUGUUCAGUUUAUCGCGAGUCCACCGGUGGCUGUUCCUUUGGCUUCGAACCCCCUACCUGCUGAGCAUCCUAUCCCAGUGCCCGUGCUUGCCGAGCCGUUGAUCCAGGCUCCGAAGCAGCUGGCUCCGGGAGGAGACCUGUAUGGUGCACCGACAGGACAUCACUCCAAGCAUGCUCAUGGUCAUAGUCAAGGAGGAGGACAUGCUAAACAUGCAGGACAUUAUAAUGAGCACGGUGGUAAGACCUCCAAAGGCUAUCACCAAGACCACUACUUAGACAAAGGAGGCAAAGGUUUCAAGACUGAUGAACAUCAUAGAAAGGAGUACGAGGAAGCUGCAGGGAAGAAGAAGAAACAUCACGACCAUGCUGGUCAUAAGGGCAGUCACGAAGAAGAAGCGUUUGGACAGAGGGGAGCCAAGUUUGAUGAGAAGAAGGGACAUAAGAAAGGACACAAGACUAAAGGCUACCACAACAAGUACCACAAGGACGAGUUUCACAAGGAGCACAAGUUCUACGAUGACUUCCACAAGAGUGGUGAACACCACCGAUACGGCAAGUUCAAUGCCAAGCACGCGAGCAAUGAGAGCGGCAAGAAGAAGGCCCAUCAUGUCAAUGCUGGACACGACUUCGUUGAGAAAGGAAAGAAGGGAUACAGCAACAAGGGUCAUGUGGACGCAGACCACAAAGGCUACCAUGGGAAGCACGGCCAUGAACACCAUCACGAAAACCAUUCCGACCACGGCAAGAAGGGAGGCAAGGAAGGAGGAUCCCAGUGGAGCUACAAGAAAAACUAGAUCCUACCACUUAGGUCUUAAGAGUCAAUUUCUAUUGGAACUCUGUUGCGUUAUUUGCCAUUUAGGGAUGUUGGUUUAUAGUUUGUGUGAAGCGAAAACUUUGGAAAGACGACGUUUUUGCUAUUUGUAGGUUUUGGUUAAGUUGUCUUGUAGACUAUAGUUAAGUUUGUACAGAAUAUUAAACGUUAUUUGCAGUGUCUAAGGCCAAGCUGAUGAUGAAUUAAUUAAUCCUACAUAUAAACCAGGACCUUAGGAAUCUUAAAACCGGCGCUUAUUUUAUUUAUUUAUCACAAAAAACAGCUAAAACGUAAUCUUCAUUAUUCAGUUGCUUAUCUGGUCUGAUGGUGCAACCCGACAGUUAAUUAUUUUCAUGGCUUCUUAACAAUCGCAUAAUAGUUGUAAUUAAAUGGAAAUUAGAACUGACCCGAAACGAACAGAAUAAUUGAACAAGUUGCAGUCAAUGUUUGAUUAAAAAAAAAAUUUGUAUUAAUAAUGAUCUUUUCUUUCUAGUAUAAAAAGUUAAAGGGCUUUUACAUCGAAAGUGAUUUAAUAAGGCAUACAUAAUUGAUUCUAUUUCGUUAAAAACUUUCAUUUUAACUAAAUUGAUUAUUUCCUAAUUUCUAUUAAGUUCUUCAUCAUUGCGUUUUAAUACGUGACUUGCGUUUAGUUCAAAACAAGUUACUUUCUUGUUUUUUGGCAAACAAAAAGUCUAAUUGCCUAAAUCUAAAGUUUCAUUUCUGUCUAUAUAAUUGCCUUUAUUAGUUUUUAUUCCUUUUUAGUAAUUGCUUUAGAUUAAUUAUCAAGCAAUUAAUUUUGAUCAUCUUCUUACUUUACUCUCUAAUUGUAAAACCUAAUCUUCAAUGAAUCUGUAAUUUCUUCUUACGUUCUAAGUUAGAUAACUUUAAUAUCCACUGGAACCAAACAUUGACUGCUGCGCAAAUAUUGGUUGACGUAACCGCGACGAAUCGAACAUGUCCCUUGUACAUUGAAUAGUGCAACACUUUUUGUUAGUCUGAACUCAUUUUUUGUGAGCUCAUUAAUUUGGCAAACUAUUUCAGUAGGUUAUUUUAUAGCUUCGUCGUCAGUAACGUAUUCAUUAACUCGAUUUUGUUCUUCCAGAUUAAUGUUAGAACCUUUAGUAGGAAGUAUUGUUUCUUAUUUAGGCAGUUCUGCUGUCAGAUCAACUUCUUUCAGGUUUUUACUAUAAAAAGAUCUAUACAUUUUGUUUGUAUGAUAGGCUUAUUGUACAAAAUAGUUUCGUAAUUUGAUAAUUUUUUAUACUCCAGACAUGUUUCAGUAUUUACUGAUGAGCCGUUCAUUUCCGUCAGCUAUACUUUGGAAAGUUUUUUAAUUAUGUUCCUAAUGAUGCUCUAGAAUAGUCUAGAAGUAAAAUAUUCUAAUACCAAAAUGAUAUAGUGCCUACGAGGGAUCAAAUAAUAUUAGAUAUGAACAGUUAUAGUAAUAUUUAUUUCCGUUAGCGUUUCUGAAUUUUAUAUUUUUGUAUUGUUUUUAUUAAAAGAAACAUAUAUUU